CUAACAGAUAAACUAUGAAUGUCACUGAUGGCAUAUUGGUUGUGAUUAUCUUGGCCGUCACAACAUCAGGAAACACAGCAACGCAACAUAGACUUGAAUUCACAAAGGCUAUUGCAACACAAACCAGUGUGACAGUGAUGUGGCAUGGCUCUGAUCGCAUUACCAGCCAUGUGGUUUCGUGGUCCGGAAGCAGACAGUACACUGAUGAAAAUGGCAAAGUCGUCAAGUAUAGUGUAACUGAUUUUGUAUCUCUUGGUGGCAGCGAGUACAAGUUAGUUAUCGAUAAGUUACUGCCAAGCGUCCAAUACGUUAUUGUCGUUACGGGAAUCACACAUAAAGGACGAGAAGCUUAUGACAUUCAAGAAAGCGAUCCUAUUGUCGUAAAGACGAAAGAAGGAGACAUCGCACAAGCCUCAAUGCCACGUAUAAUGUCUUACGGUCAAUACGGUUCUUCCGUCACAUUGCAACUUGAGCAUGUUUCAGACAAAGCCGCCCAUAUAAAUAUGUAUGAGCUGAUGCUACGUGAUAUGACAAGUUCUGGAAAGCCAUCUUCAGUAGCAGUUUUUGCACCCGCAGAUAGAAUGCCAGAAAUAUUCAAGCUGGAGGCAGUAUCUUCAGAGGGUCAUAUCAAUUUGAAAGAAGAUCAUCUGUACCGCGUCGCUGUCAAAGCUGUCGUAAAGAGUCGUUGCAAAACCUUCUACCGCACCGGGCUAUUCUCGAACAUGUUUUCAAUGAAAAAAUCUUUUCAAGACAGCGAUCCUCAAGUCAGUUCAGCCAACGAUCCUCAAGCCAGUUCAUUAGUGGUCGAAGAUAAAGAUUUAACAAAUACAAAAAAUUCUUCAACUGUUCCGGAUGAGCGAGAGAGCGAUGGCACAAAAGCUUCACCAACAACUGGGAGCAUUAUCAGUUGGAUGAAGAAAACGAAGAACAUCAUUAUUGUUGGCGGAGCAGGGGCGUUUGUUAUUAUUGUCUUGCUGAUGCUAGCAGUCUGCGCUAGAAAGCGCUACAAAAUGAAGAAAAGACGUCGUCUAAGAAAUGACAGUUUGUGGUACGAACCCAUGAAUGUGCAUCGUCAGGAACUGCCAAGCCUAACUGACGUAUCCCAUGAUUCUUCAUCAUCACCUUCUGAAGAUGUUAGCUAUGUUACGGCGUCAGACGAUCUCAAAAUAGAAAGGGAUGCUUCUAUAUUUAAACCACACUCUCGCAACAAGAAAUCAAAUAACGGUAAUAACAAGAAGAAAACAUCGGGAAAGCAGGAGUCAGAAACUAAUCAAGGAAGAAGUUUUAAUACUCGGCAAGCGUUGCAGUAUUCAACUUCGCAAUCUUCUUGACGUUUAUCUCAUAAUGAAGUUGGCUGCUCAGGUAACAUCUAUUCGAGGUAGAUUCUCUGUCCACAUCAAACUCCUGUUACGUUACACUAGUUAUUCCAGUGCUAACUAACACUAUGUUGCCGGUAUUACUCGCUAAUUCAGUUAAGAUUUGCAAAAUUAAAACAUUCAAACUUUUUCAAAUCUCAU